GUGGGAGUCCCUUUUCUUUCACUAGCCGGUGAAGGUGCAACAGUAAUCGGUCGUCCCGAGCCCGGGUUCAUCCGACACCCUCACCACUUUGAAGCUGAACUGAGCUCAACUUAAGCAUCAUGCCUCCCAAGUUCGACCCAAAUGAGACUAAAAUUGUGUUCAUGAGGUGCACAGGAGGAGAAGUUGGUGCCACCUCCUCUCUGGCCCCCAAGAUUGGUCCCCUGGGUCUGUCCCCCAAGAAGGUUGGUGACGACAUUGCCAAGGCCACCGGUGACUGGAAGGGUCUGAGGAUCACCGUCAAGCUGACCAUCAUCAACAGGCAGGCAGCUAUUGAGGUGGUGCCCUCUGCCUCCGCCCUCAUCAUCAAGGCCCUGAAGGAGCCUCCUCGUGACAGGAAGAAGGUCAAGAACAUCAAGCACUCUGGCAGCGUUUCCUUCGAUGAGAUCGUCGGCAUCGCCCGUGUCAUGAGGCCCCGUUCCCUCGCCAGAGACCUGUCCGGAACUAUCAGGGAGAUUCUGGGAACAGCUCAGUCUGUUGGCUGCACCAUCGAUGGCCGCGCACCACAUGAUGUCAUCGAUGACAUCCACGCUGGAAAAGUUGAAUGUCCCUCAGAGUAAAAUCAUUGGGGUGGACAAGAAAAAUAAAAGUUUGUUAUAAAAACAGA